AUGUACGGUCUUUUAUUGGAAAAUUUGGCAGAAUACAUAAAACAGACAUAUGGGGAAGACCGUUGGGAAGAAAUUCGACGUCAAGCUGUUGUAGAUCAACCAUCAUUUAGUACGCAUCAAGUAUAUCCAGAAAAUUUAAUACCACGAUUAACAAAAAAGGCUAUUCAGGUUUUAGGUGUAUCAGAACGUGAAUUUAUGGAUCAAAUGGGUGUGCAUUUUGUAGGAUUUGUCAGUCAAUAUGGCUAUGAUCGAGUACUUUCAGUAUUGGGACGACAUAUGCGAGAUUUCCUAAAUGGCUUAGAUAAUUUACAUGAAUAUUUAAAAUUCUCCUAUCCACGAAUGCGUGCUCCAUCGUUUAUAUGCGAAAAUGAAACACGCCAAGGUUUAACGUUACAUUAUCGUAGUAAACGACGUGGUUUUGUUUACUAUACAAUGGGACAAAUUCGAGAGGUGGCUAGACAUUUUUACCAUAAAGAAAUGCGAAUAGAAUUAGUACGUGAAGAAUUACUGUUCGACAUGGUACACGUAACUUUCCAAUUAACAUUUGACAAUCGUGCUUUUACGCUCGCAUCAUUGGCAAUGACUCGAGAAGAGAAACAUUUACCAAUAAGUGCAUCUGUGUUAUUUGAAAUAUUUCCAUUUUGUAUUGUAUUUGGGUCCGAUAUGAUUGUUCGAAGUAUUGGAAAUUCAUUAAUGGUUAUUUUACCAGAUUUAAUUGGGAAAAAAAUUACUAAUUGGUUUGAUCUUGUUAGGCCUUUAAUUGAAUUCAAAUUUGAAACUAUUUUAAAUCGUACAAAUAAUAUUUUCGAAUUACUAACAGUCGAACCAGUAUUAAAUGAUCGUCAAGGACAUAAAGAUAGUCGACAUGAAUUAAUUUUAACUGAGGAUUUAGAUCGAAUUGAAGACAAAAAUUUACGAUUAAAAGGUCAAAUGAUAUAUAUGGAAAAUUGGCGUUUAAUGAUGUAUUUAGGAACACCUGUAAUGCCUGAUUUAAAUGCAUUGAUAACAUCUGGUCUUUACAUAAAUGAUUUGUCUAUGCACGACUUCAGUAGAGAUUUAAUGUUAGCUGGAACCCAACAAUCAGUCGAAUUGAAACUAGCGUUAGAUCAAGAACAGCAAAAAAGUAAAAAAUUAGAAGAAUCUAUGAGAAAAUUAGAUGAAGAAAUGCGACGUACUGACGAAUUAUUGUAUCAGAUGAUACCGAAACAAGUAGCCGAUCGAUUGCGUACUGGAGAAAAUCCUAUUGAUACAUGUGAAAUGUUCGAUUCAGUAUCGAUUUUAUUUUCGGAUGUUGUCACCUUUACUGAAAUCUGCAGUCGUAUCACACCCAUGGAAGUGGUUUCAAUGUUGAAUGCAAUGUACUCAAUAUUUGAUACCUUGACUGAACGCAACAGAGUUUAUAAAGUAGAAACGAUUGGAGAUGCAUAUAUGGUUGUUUCUGGAGCACCUGAAAAAGAAGUAAAUCAUGCAGAACGUGUUUGUGACAUGGCUUUAGAUAUGGUUGAAGCCAUAACAGAUCUUAAAGAUCCAUCAACAGGCUCACAUUUACAAAUACGAGUUGGUAUACAUUCUGGAGCUGUUGUAGCGGGUAUUGUUGGCUUAAAAAUGCCACGAUAUUGUUUGUUUGGUGAUAGUGUGAAUACAGCUUCCAGAAUGGAAUCCACAUCAGAGGCAAUGAAAAUUCAUAUAUCACAAUCGACAAGGGAUUUAUUAUCCGAACAAUAUCAUGCAUCAGAACGUGGGGAAAUUCAAGUUAAAGGAAAAGGUGCAAUGAAAACUUACUGGUUAGAACGAAGAGAAUUACGAACACCUUUAACUCGAAUAACAACAGGAGUUACGACAGCACCAGAACCUGAAUGGGAAAGACAAGCUGGCUGGGUUUCAACAUUAUUGGAUGAACGCAACCGCGGUGCAUAUUCUCCAAUCACAUUUCAAGAUGUUGCUAGACGAAGUGUUGCGAAUUCACCAGUUAGAAAUGUUGGAGUAAGAGAAUUUCGUUCAAAUUCAAUGGGAUCCGUACAAUACGGUCGACUUCGUUCCCCAAGUGGUGAUGCCUUUAAUUUUAAUAUACCACCAAUACCUGAACCAACUGCAUGUUGUAGCAACGAAUCAGCAAAAAAUUUCGACGCAAAUCGAAUUCCAGUACGAAAAAAAACAUUAACUCCAACAGAUCCAACACUAAAUCAUAAUAAACCAACAAUAACAGUACCAAAAACCCAUAUGUCUAUACCAACAACACCAAUACCACCAUACUCUCCACUUCCCCCUCCUGCUGGACCUUCUCAACCGUGUACAUCGCCCUGGGUAUCACCAAUACGAACUAUGUAUAAUACACGUAACUUAGCAACUAGUGAAUGUGAAAGAUUAACUAAAGUAAAUGAAGAGGAACAACAACAAAAUGAAAUUAAAGAGUUUUUCACAGAUGAACUUGAACAGCAUAACCUCACUUGUCACAAUGAUAUUAAAGAUUACUUUGAGAAUCCAACAAUAAAUGUAAAAAAAUCAUCAAAUGAAUGUACAAAAUCAACAACCUCAUCAUCGACAAUAGUCACAUCACCAUCAAUAACGCCCCCACCGCCGAUGACAUCAUCAACAAUUAGUACAGCAUCGCCACAGAUGCUAUCCAAUAUGGCGUAUGUACUGUCAUCUUCACAAUCAGAUGGUGAUUUUUUAAAUAAAACAAUAAAUCAUCAUAGUCAAAAUAGUAGUAGUAAUUUAUCAAAUAGUCAAAGCCAUUUUAAUUUUCCAACAUUUCAUACAACAAAUCUUCCUGUCGAGGAACCACAACAGCAGCCGCAACAACAGUGUUGUCCUGGAUUUGUAACGGCAUCAUCACAUCACAAACAUAAAUUUAAUCAAAAUGGUUGUAAUAUUUGCUGA